AUGUGUAUUGAAGCAAGAAUGAUGAGGCCAUCUUUCAAGAAAGUUCAAAUUGUUUACUAUCUUUCAAGAAAUGGCCAUCUCGAGCACCCUCAUUAUAUGGAAGUCACUCAUCUUUUUCAUCAACAACUUCGUUUAAAAGAUGUUAUAGAUCGCCUCACGGUUCUAAGGGGUAAGGCCAUGCCUUCCCUCUACUCUUGGUCUUGCAAAAGGAUAUACAAAAGUGGGUAUGUGUGGAAUGAUUUGGCACAAAAUGAUGUUAUUUAUCCAUGUGAAGGAGCUGAAUAUGUACUAAAAGGAUCUGAAUUAAUUGAGGGCACCACUGAGAAAUUGCGCCAUCUUCAAAUUAGCAAAGUUCCACUAAUCAAUAACCAAUACGAUCGAGAUGAGGAGGAAGAAGGAUACACUAGCACCAUUACGCCGCGGUCGAGACGCUCGAGGGGGGUCUCGACCGACGAAUUCAGGCCUCCGAAGCCUGAAUUCUUGUCGGUCUCGUCGCCACCCUCGACCACGUCAUCCUCCGUCUCUGAGAAGGCGAACAACGAAGUGAUAGGUGUCGAAAAAGGUGGCGCAAUAUCUAAGGAUGUCGAAGAUGUUGGCACCGAGCCAUUGCUGAGCAGAAACUCUAUGCUGCUCAGCCUCAUUGCCUGCGGCGGCUCUGUCUCGUUCAGGAAGGCUGCGCCGCCGGAAGCGGCCAGAAGGAGCGGCAGCGGCGGGCUGCAUAAAGGGGUUGUGAAUAAUGUUGUAUGCAAAUCAGCAGUUAAGCAUGUCGUGGACGUGGAUGUGGACGAGGAUGUAAAGAUGAUAGGUUUGAUGUCGGAGAAUCCGAGGUUUGGGAACUUGCAAUCGGAGGAAAAGGAGUAUUUCAGCGGUAGCAUUGUGGAGACAAUCCCCAUUGAAAAAGUUGAAGGAUUGAAGAAAUCAUCAUCUCAUAAUGAAGAAAAGAGUGGCAUGAGUGGGCUAGGAGAAGCAGCUGAUGAGGAACAAGUGCAAAAGAAGGGGAAAUGCAUUCCAAUGAAGAGGUCAUGCUAUAGACAGCCCAAGAAAUGAACCAUUUAUUGCCAAAAAAUUACUGGCUUGUAAUUUCGUUGUUUGCAACUUAG